GACUCGGCAAGAUGGCUGCGCGCAUAGUGUUGGGGAAACAGCUCCACUGUGCACUUUCAAAUAUAAAAUUAUGCACUGUAUUGACGGGAAUAAGAACGUGCUCUGUCUUGUCCAAAUCAACAUCUCAUGAAGAAUUCACAUCUAAAAAAGUACGGCAGAAGUUUAUCGACUUUUUCAAGGAAGGUUAUGAACACCGAGUGGUGCCGUCCUCCUCCGUGCGUCCGAGAGGAGACCCGAGUCUUCUGUUCGUCAAUGCAGGAAUGAACCAGUUUAAGCCAAUUCUCCUUGGCUGUGCGGACCCCCGCAGUGAGAUGGCAUCAUACAGGCGGGUGGUGAACAGUCAGAAGUGUGUCCGCGCUGGAGGCAAACACAACGACCUGGAGGAUGUGGGGAAAGACCUGUACCAUCACACCUUCUUCGAGAUGCUGGGGAACUGGUCGUUUGGUGAUUACUUCAAGGUGGAAGCCUGUGCAAUGGCCUGGCGUCUUUUAACGGAAGAGUAUGGCAUUCCUGCAGAGCGCUUGUAUAUCUCGUACUUCUCUGGGGACGUGGCCAAUGGUCUCCCUGCUGAUGAGGAAACGCGGCAAAUAUGGCUCAGCAUAGGAGUGCAGCCGGAUCACGUGUUGCCGUUUGGAAUGAAGGAUAAUUUCUGGGAAAUGGGCGAGACUGGUCCGUGUGGCCCCUGCACCGAGAUUCACUACGAUCAUGUUGGGAAUCGGAACGCCACCUCGCUGGUCAAUGCGGACAGUCCGGAUGUGGUGGAAAUCUGGAAUCUAGUUUUUAUGCAGUAUAACAGGGAGGGCAAUGGUAGCCUGCGAGCUCUGCCCCAGUGCAGCGUGGAUACUGGGAUGGGUUUAGAGCGACUGGUGACCGUACUGCAGGGAAAACACUCCAACUAUGACACAGAUCUUUUCACACCUCUAUUGUCCGCCAUCCACCAGUGCUCUAAGGCUCCUGCAUAUCAGGGCAGAACUGGAGAGGCCGAUGCGGGUCAGGUGGACAUGGCCUAUAGGGUCGUGGCGGACCACAUUCGAACAAUCUGCGUGUGUAUCGCUGACGGAAUUUAUCCAGGCAUGACAGGCGCUGAGCUGGUGUUGAGACGUAUAUUGAGACGCGCCGUAAGGUUUUCUACAGAAGUGCUGCAGGCCCCCGAGGGUACGCUAGCAAGCCUGGUGCCUACUGUAGCUCAUAUACUGGGUGAUGCUUAUCCUGAGCUGAACACUGAGUCUGAGAGGAUCAUUGAUCUCAUUAAUCAAAAUGAAGCCCAGUUCCUGUCAUCGCUAAGGCAGGGCAGGAGGGUGAUUGACAGGACUCUCAGCAAUAUGGACGAAGACUCUGCUGUUUUUCCAGCCUCGGUUGCCUGGUCGCUACAUCGUAACCUAGGCUUCCCUCUCGAUCUCAUUGACCUGAUGCUGGAGGAGAGGGGCAAAAUGGUUGAUAAAAAAGAAAUGGAGGUUCUUGAAGAUGAAUAUGAGAAGUUGAGGUUUCAGUCGGAGGAGGAUGAUGAAGAUAGGGUGGACCAGCUGGAUAUUCAUAGCCUGGCGGAGCUUCAAAGCCGAGGAGCUCCUCACACGGAUGACUCGCUGAAAUACUGUUACAGUCUGGGGUCCGAUGGACAAUAUGUGUUUGAGCCUUGCAGAGCAUCAGUCCUGGCACUCUACUGUGAGGGGUCUUUGGUUUCAGAGGUGCGUGAGGGUCAGCGCUGUGGUGUGAUUCUGGACCGAACCAGCUUUUAUGCAGAGCAGGGAGGGCAGGCGCACGACCAGGGUUACUUUACCAAGGAUGGAUUACAGGAUGUGCUGUUCCCUGUGAAUUGUGUCCGUCUGGCUGGGGGUUACGUGGUACAUCAAGUCACGGCAGCAGAGACUUUGAGAACUGGAGACCAAGUGCAUCUUCAUGUGGAUGAGGCUCGGCGUCUGGGCUGCAUGGUGAACCACACUGCCACACACGUGUUAAACUUCGCCCUGCGAGAGCUGCUUGGUCCCUCUGUUAGACAGCGAGGGUCACACUGCACUGCCACCCGCCUCCGAUUCGACUUCAGUGUGAAGGGCUCCCUUAGUGUAUCUGAGCUACAGCAAGUUGAGGAGUUGGUCCAGGGCAUCAUCCAUCAAAAUGCAGAGGUGCACAUAGAAGAGGUCCCUCUGUCCAGAGCUAAACUGAUUCCAGGUCUGAGAACUAUAGAUGAGGUGUAUCCAGAUCCAGUGCGAGUGGUGUCCGUGGCUAUGCCUAUUUCAGAUCUGCUUACCUCAAACAAUGCUAGACAUGCUUCAGUGGAGCUUUGCUGUGGCACGCAUUUAUUGAGGACGGAAGCAAUUGGAGACUUCGUCAUCGUGUCUGAACGACAGAUGGUGAAAGGCAUUAGCCGUAUCAUAGCUGUUACUGGAGAUGACGCCAAAAAGGCUCGUGAGGCGGGCCAAGCCAUGCUGGAGGAGUUGGAGUCUUUGGUGGCACGGAUAGAAGUUGCAAGCGUCCAGUCUAUACCAGCAGCUCAGAAACUCUCCAAAGAGAUCGGCCUCCUAAUGAAUGUGGUUGAUAACACACCUGUCCCACAAUGGCAGAGACGAGAGAUGCAGACUCGCCUGAAAGCGAUGCAGAAGAGCAGCAACACCGCCAUCAGAAAAUUGGAGAUCACGGAGGCUGCCUUGAAAGCCAAAGAGCUGCUGGACAAACACUCUAAUAAAACUGUGCUGGUGGACUUGAUCCAGGCGGACUCGAUAUCGGUGCUGAUGAAGACUGUGCUCAAGCUGAGCAAGAGCAGUCCAGAUUCCCAGGUCAUGUUGUUUGCUCACCUGCAGCAGUCAGGGAAGGUGCUUUUUGCCUGCCAAGUACCCAAGGGCUCUGCUGCUGGUUCAGCGAUCGAAUGGGCUCUUCAUGUGUGCGCACGCUUGGAAGGAAAUGCAGAUGGCUCAAAUGAGGUUGCUAAAGGUGUGGGAAAUGCAACCAAAAUCUCAGAUGUUACAGAGGUCCUACAGUGGGCUGAAGAAUUUGCUCACAACCAAAUCAGAAAUGCAUCAUGACCAAAAUAAUCUUGGAUAAUCAUUGAUACAGUAUCAGCGUACCACAAAAUGCUUCCUCAAAAUUAGCACAUUUUUACCCUGUUCCUUUGUUUUAAAAGGGUAGGGCAUAUAUUAUAUAUUAUGAAUAAAUAAUUAAUGCGUCUGUGUCAGUAAUAUAAUCAUACAUGAAAUAAAAGCAUGGUUCAUUGUUUCAGA